UAAUAUACCUAUUAACAAAAAUGCUCAUAAACAUGCUAAUAAACAUAAGCCUGCAAAAACUAAAUGCUCAACACCAACACCAACACCGACAUGUUGUCAAUCACGUGGUAGUUCAGGGUGGAAUGACAAGUUUCAUGGAAUUAGUUCGAAAGCAUCUAGAGAUGCUAAUAGUACUACCGCGCAAGAUUGCUGUAAAGCAUGUAUAGUGGAUUCGGAUUGUUUUCAAUGGUAUUUUUUUAUUGACGAUAAUAGAUGUCUCUUGGACCGCGGUGAUGCUUGUUUAAACGGAACCACGACACCAAGCGAAAAAAGUGCCGAAGGUGGUAUUAUUCGUUGUAGUGAUGGCAGUGGCAGUGAUUGUAGAUUUUAA